AUGGGGUUUCCUGUGCUGCAUACGAAGGCAUCUCGCCGUACAGGUGUGAGUAAAUCUCUGCGGGGCUGUUUGAGGAGCGGUUUGCUGCUAUUGGUGCUGCUGCUGCUGCUGCAGGUUGCAGCAGCAGCAGGAGCAGCAGCAGAUGGGAGUGGUGGAGGAACGCAAGUAGUAGUUUCUGCAUAUGAUAGCGAACAAGAUGAAGAAGAGAUAAGCAACACAGCAGCAGCAGCAGGAGCAGCAGGAGGAGCAGGAGCAGGAGAUGCUGCAGCAGAGGAUAGCAGCAACCCUUCAUCACCUGCUGCUGCUGUUGCUGCUCGUGCUGCUGGAAAUACCGGCUUUGUUUACUUUGAAGACAGCACAGAUGAAGAUGCAAGCGAUGUAGAUGAUGAAUAUGAUAGCAGCGGAUCUAUAGAAGGAUCUAUUGAAGAAGUUGGUUGGAUGCACUCCUUUAACCCUGCACUUCUACGGCCUCAGGUGUCUAUGCAGGUCGUCUUAUGGUUAGUGUUAUCUGCUGCUAUUUAUCUUAUUAUGAGGGGUGCUUCUCGUGAGGAUGAGAAGCAAAAGAGCUUAGAUAUACAUAAAACUUUGCUCAAUAAUACAAAACGAAAGCUUGAGGCCGAUAAAGCAGCAGCAGCAGCACUAGAGAGAGAUAUUGCUGCAGCUGUUGAUAACAAAAAACAGCUACAGAAACGGCUGUCUGCAGCAGAAGAACGUCUACAAGUCCUCGUACAAGAUCUACAAACUGCAGCAGGAGCAUUAGAUCUUGAGGGUGGCUGCAGGCCUAGAAAGAUGCGCGCGCUGCAGCAGCAGCAGCAGCAGCAGCAGCAAACUAAAUCAGCAGCAACAACCAUCAUAGGGGUACCUACACAUGAUAAUACCUCUAAGGAGAUCAGCAAAAACUUGCAGCUGCUGCUGCUGCACCAGGGAGACCCUGAAUAUAAUGAAGAUGUGGCGAAGCGAUCCUUAGAAAGUCUGCUGCAGCAGAAGCAGCAGAUGCAGCAGCAGAUGCAGCAGCAGCAAAAACACCUACCUGCGCAGCAGCAGCUGCUGCCGCACAGCAAGUUUUUACAGGCAUUGUCUUGGUUUGAACAAACAGCAGCAGACUGGGGUAUAUACCCUGAUGAUGCUGCUGCUGCUGGAGGAGGUGCUGCUGCUGCUGCUGCAGAUGAGCGUACAAGAGAAAGAGCUGUUGCUCUGCUAGCUGCUACAGGUCUGAUGCUGGGGCGAUGGCUGCAGCUAGAGGGAGAAGUAAGUGCUGCAGGUGAAGUGCUGCAGCAGCUGCAGCAGCAGAGACGGCAGCAAGCAGCAGCAGUAAGCACUCGUGCAGAUAAGCUGCUGCAGGAGUUGAAGACAACUAGCCGAGCAACAAUUGGCUGGCAGCAGCAGCUACGCAGCUUCUUAUCUGAAGACACAGAAGAAGAGAGAAGGCUUACUGCUGUUGCAGAUAGUAUAGCAGCAACGCUGCAGCACCUCGUAAAUCUAUUUGCUCAUCGAGCAUGUCUUACCCCUUUACAGGAGCCUAUGGGUGCUGCUUCUUCUGCUGUUGCUGCUGCUGCUGCUGCUGCUGCUGCUGGAGAAGCAGCAGAUGGUCCUAGCGAAGCAGCAGAGAAAGUCUUGCUUGGGUUGCAGCGUGUCUGUGUCGCUAUUGUUCAAGAGACAGCUUCAUUUAAUGCGGCAGCAGAUGUUAUUAAAGAUGCUGAUAAGAAGCAAGAACGUCUGCAUGCAGCAAAUGAACGGCUUGUAGCCCGGCUUAUUGAAGUAACGGCUUUCUUAGGGAGGUUUAAGCAGGAGCACGUUGUUGCAGAGGUGCAGCAGCAGAUGAGUAGUAUUGCUGCUGCUGGGAGCAUUGAAAGACACCGUAUUCUUUCUAGCAUGCGUGAUCAGACAAGCACUUGGCUAAAGAAUGUUCAGAGAACAUUCAGCAGCAGCAACGGCAGCAGCACCAGCAGCAGCACCGGUCUUGCUUCUUCCUCCGCCUCCAGCUGGAUUGGCGGUGCUUCUUGA